AUGAAAAACGGGUUCGAGGCGUUUGACUUCAAGGAGGAAGACGAGAUUUCAGAAUUGGCCGCUGAAAAAUAUUUGAACAAAUUGAAAAACCCUAAUUUGGAUGACCCUGCAAAUCUGAAAUACCAGUUUCUUGAAUGCGUUGCCCGUGGUGCUGCUGUUCAGAGAAAGGAAAUGGACAAUGUUUCUUGUGUAGAUGUUGAUGCAAUUGAUGGUGAUUGUAGUUGUAAUGGUGCCACUCCAGCUGCCCCACUGGGUGCCGGUGAAAAGGAUUUUGUCACAAAGGAAGGAAAUCAUGAGCCAGAUGUUUCCCUAGAGUCCAAGUCUGUGCAUUCUGAACAACAAGCAGGCGUAGAAAAAGAUAGCCAUGAACCUAGAAGUACAUGUCCUGAAUUGGAGUUGAGAGAUUCAUGUGCUGAAGCACCUUCACCUGGGAAAAGCCAAUUAAACUGUGCACUUUCUAAUUCUCCAUUAAGAAAUGAGGCAGUUGAUCUGGCUUCAGAUGCUAAUGAAAGCAUGAGCGGAAGGUCUCCAGCAACUCCUGCUUCAGAUGUAGCUGAGGAUGAUGGUUCUUUGAAUGACAACGUGUCAGAUCAUUGCUUUGGCAAUAUCCUGGUGGAUAACAUAAACAAGACAGUUGUUCUGUGUUCAGAUUAUGUUCUAUAUCAAGAUAAUUAUUAUACAGAACUGUCAGUAAAUUUUUCUCCUGGUGGCAUCAAAAUCAAUGGCUCAACUGUCAGUGAACACCAAGAGACCUUUAGUUUUGAAAGGGGAAUUGAUGAUAUUAUUAAUAUUAACUGUCAGUUGUUUCAAAGGGUUGGAUCUGUGACAGUCACUCUCAAAGUCCUAUCAAAGGUUGCACUAGAGGCUGAGAGUGCAUGUGGAACUUCGGUCAUUGAGGAGUUAGAGUUUGCAGUUACUGACCCCAGAUGGUCUGAGAAGCAGGAAGAAAUCACCUCAUUAAAUGUUAAAUACCUGGCCAUAUGGGAUAUUGAAUGGAAUGCUCCGAAACCAAGGCACUUGCCUUUAGUUGAGGUCGCUUUACAUCGUAAAACUUCUUUUAAACAACAGUCCGAUCUCUGGUCUCCCUUGCCAAAUCAAGGAUGGAAACCGUGUAUCGACUCUGCAAAUAUCCCGCUAUUGCCAGAGAAAUCUCAGGGGUAUAUUCAGGUAUUCCUUGAUGGAGGAUUGAACCAGCAAAGAAUGGGGAUAUGUGAUGCGGUUGCCGUAGCUAAAAUAUUGAAUGCGACACUGGUGAUACCACACCUUGAAGUGAAUCCUGUUUGGCAAGAUUCAAGUUCAUUCACUGAUAUAUUUGAUGUGGAUCACUUUAUUAAUGUCCUCCGUGAUGAAGUUUCUAUAGUUAAAGAGCUGCCAAGAGAAUACUCUUGGAGCACACGGGAAUAUUAUGCUACAGGUAUAAGAGCUACCAGAAUCAAAACAGCACCUGUUCACGCUUCAGCGAACUGGUAUCUAGAAAAUGUGUUGCCUGUCUUGCAAAGUUAUGGGAUUGCUGCUAUUUCACCAUUCUCUCAUCGCCUAGCGUUUGACAAGUUGCCAAUGAAAAUUCAGCACUUACGUUGUAAAGUAAACUUCCAAGCUUUAGUUUUUGUUCCUCAGAUCAGAUCAAUAGGAAAGACUCUUGUUCAUCGACUCCGUUAUCCUUCUGGGAAACUUCAAGCAUCAGCAGUUGACGUCCUACGAGGGAGAAUUGAUGAUACUGAGAAAGAGGGAGCUGGAAAGUAUGUUGUAUUACAUCUUCGCUUUGACAAAGAUAUGGCUGCUCAUUCAGCUUGUGAUUUUGGUGGAGGGAAAGCUGAGAAACUGGCCCUAGCUAACUACCGCCAAGUUUUAUGGCAGGGAAGGGUCUUAAACUCUCAAUUUACUGACAAGGAGUUGAGAAAUCAGGGCCGCUGCCCAUUGACUCCGGAGGAGAUUGGAUUGCUGCUAGCAGCUUUGGGCUUCGACAAUAGUACUCGACUUUAUCUUGCUUCACACAAGGUUUAUGGAGGAGAGGCAAGGAUCUCAACAUUGCGUAAACUGUUUCCGCUAAUGGAAGAUAAGAAGAGCCUUGCUUUGGUGAAGGAGCUAGCUGAGAUUGAAGGCAAGGCUUCUUUGUUGGCUGCAGUAGAUUAUUACGUGAGUCUGCAAAGCGACAUCUUCAUCUCUGCUUCUCCUGGAAACAUGCACAAUGCUCUGGUUGGACAUCGAGCUUACUUGAACUUGAAGACCAUAAGACCAAACAUGUUACUAUUGGGCCCGCUGUUCCUGAACAAGAGCAUGGAGUGGUCUGAGUUUCAGCAUGCAGUUAUCAACGGCCAUAAAAAUAGACAAGGGCAAAUGAGGUUAAGAAAGGAGAAACAAUCCAUAUAUACGUAUCCUGCUCCAGAUUGCAUGUGUCGACCUUAACUUCAUAAUUACCAUGAUAUGAAGCUAUUCUUAUGUUUGCCAAUAUUGUGAUAUUCCAAUGAGAUAUAUUCAGCAUUUUGUUAGCUCAGAUCAGUUUGAUGGCAUUGAAAGUUAACAUGUGUUAUCCAUGUCUGCUUUGCACACUUGCUCAGAGAGGGUCGAGAAACUGAUAACAUUCAAGGAUGCCAUUGAUACAGAAGAAAGCAAACUUCUUGAGCGGAGUGGAACUGUGAAGUUAGGGAAUCAAAGAGUGCCAAUAAGCACCCAGAAGAUCCUGUUGACUUUUUUACUUUUAAAAGGUUACUUAAGAUUUAUAAUUAUAAUUAUAUCAACACAGGCCAAAUCGA